GGCUAAGUGACAAGGGUCCUCUGGAGCACGAAGAAAUAAGUUUGAGGUUAUAAUGUUUUGUUUUUAGUUUUGAUUUUUUGGAAGAAUUUUAGAUUUUCGAAGUGGUCUACGUCUGUAGUCUGUGCUUAUUACGGAUUAUUCCUUAUUUCAUUUGGAUAUAAAUAAUGUCACAUUUACAAGGUGGAAAAGUUGAUAUCUCUAUCAUACAAAUAUCAGCCAGGAAUAAUUUAAUCAAUCUUCUGGAGAAAUGUCCAGGCAAGAAGGCCAUAGUAUGGGACAACAGCUUAGCUGGCCCUGUGGGACUCGUAGCACAAUAUACUAUUCUGAGAGAACACAUGGUCAUCAAAAUGUACCCCUUACGUCCCAUGCCUUUACCUGAGACUGAUGUGGAUCAUGUAAUUUUUGUAUCUAGACCAAAAUUACAUUUGAUGGACUACAUAGCUCAGAAUGUCCACUCUGACAGCAAAACUAAAUCUGGUUCAAGAAAGCAAUUCCAUUUGUUUUUUGUUCCCAAGAAAAGUUUACUUUGUAUGGAGCGACUCAAGCAUAAGGGUGUUUUUGGCAGUGUAAUAAUGAUUGAUGAAUUCAGAUGUCAAUUGUUUCCUUUUGACUCUGAUGUCCUAUCAAUGGAAAUAGCUGAGGUUUGUAGAGAAUAUACUAUAGAAAAUGACCCAACAUACCUUUAUCAAAUAGCUCAAGCAAUAAUUUACCUCCAGAAACUUUAUGGACCUAUUCCAAAAGUCUGGGGUAAGGGUACAGCAGCUAAACAAGUGUGGGAAUUGGUCACAAGACUUCACAGAGAAAACAGUAGCAAUGAGGAACCUAAAAGCAAUGAGCAGUCUUGCAUUGAUCAGAUAUUGCUCAUUGAUAGAUCUGUGGAUUUGUUGACUCCUUUAGCUACUCAGCUCACAUAUGAAGGGCUAAUUGAUGAAAUCUUUGGCAUCAACAACUCUACUGCUAACUUUCCCAUUGAUAAUUUCUUGAGUAAUGAAGAAAGAAGUACAGAAUCUUUGGCUGAAGAUAAAAAACAAAUAAUUUUAGAUUCUGCUGAUAAACUUUAUGCAGACAUCAGAGAUAAAAAUUUCAAUGCAGUUGGUGCCUACCUCUCAAAACAAGCAAAAUCUAUAAGUAAUCAACUGGAAAACACUCAGGACAAGUCAGUUCAAGAAAUGAAGCUUUAUGUUCAGAGACUUCCUCAAAUUCUUGCAAAAAAGAAACAACUUGCCACUCACACUGCUAUCGCAGAGUGUAUCAAAGAAAUUACUGAUGGCUAUGACUUUUUAGAUACAUUACAGGCUGAACAAGAGUUCUUAAAUUGCAUUGAAGUUGACAAACCCAGUCAAUACAUUGAAGAAAUGAUUGCACAAGGCAAACCACUAGUCAAAGUUCUUAGGUUGAUGUGUCUUCAAUGUAUUGCCAGCUCAGGGUUGAAACCAAAAGUUCUGGAAGGUUAUAAAAGAGAACUGGUACAAGUGUAUGGAUUGGAAACUUUACUGGCAAUCUCAAAACUUGAGAAAGUUGGUCUUCUGAAACUACAGUCUGGAGCAAGACAGUACACUGUUCUGAGAAAAGCUCUACAUUUGACUGUGGAAGACACUUCAGAAGUAAAUCCCACAGAUAUUAGCUAUGUUCAUAGCAUCUAUGCUCCACUGAGCAUUAGACUUGCAGAGCAAGUAACUAAAUCUGGAGGUCUGAAGCAACUGCAGGAUGUCUUAGGCCUAUUGCCAGGCCCCACUCUUGAAGAAUCGCCUUCAGUCAAUGCCAAUUUGACUACCAAUAAUGAGUCUCAUAUGACCGUUCUAGUUUUCUUCAUAGGUGGUUGUACAUUUGCAGAGAUAUCUGCCUUACGAUUUUUGUCUCAACAGGAAGAUUCAAAUGUUGAAUUUUUGAUUGCUACCACCAAAUUGAUCAAUGGCAAUACAUUUUUGAGAUCUAUCAUCGAAAAUUGAAAUUGUUCUCAAAUUUUAUUUACUAGGUGUUAAAAAGUUACAAUGCUCAACUGUUUCCUCAUCUCUACAAUAAUACAAUCAGAACACAAUUUGUUCAAAGGUAGUUAGCAACUACAUUCAAAUUCAUAAGAAAUAAUUCAUGUUAUUAUGCCCUAAAACUGCUUCAUCAAUAGCUAUGACCUACCAAUUUUAUUCUUGAAGAUUUUAAAGCAUUGUAAGAUUAAUUAUGAUGGAUAUCCUCAAUAUUUAUGUAUAUAACUGUGAUAUGUGAUCAUUAAAUUAUUAAUCUUAUAUUAAUAUUGUUGUUUUAUUCUUGUGAGAAAACUAAAAAUGAAACAAUCCACUUAAUUCAUACUUGAAUUUAAUUGCUAGGUAAUAUCAAGUUUCAAUUUUUAAGCCAACUACAUAAUAUAUUCUUUUUAUCACAUUCCAUUUACAAUAUAUUUCCUCCCCAAACUUCACUGCACUGCUUAUUGCUUCUGCUUGAUUUUAUAAUCUGAAAGAGCAGCUUUGAUAGCAUCUUCAGCCAACAUGGAACAAUGCAACUUCACAGGAGGCAGAGACAAUUCCUUGGCAAUCUCUGUAUUUUUCAGCUUCAAAGCCUGAUCUACAGUUUUGCCUUUCACCCACUCUGUUGUGUAUGAGCUGCUCGCUAUAGCAGAGCCACAACCGAAAGUUUUGAACUUUGCAUCAAUGAUCUUGCCAUCAUCGUCCACUUUGAUCUGAAGUUUCAUUACAUCUCCACAGGCUGGAGCUCCCACUAAGCCUGUGCCGACGUUCUUGUCGGCUUUAUCCAAAGAUCCAACAUUUCUAGGGUUUUCAUAGUGAUCCAAAACAUUCUUGUGGUAUCCUGCACUACUUGUUAUUCUCAGAACCGGCAGGGACAGUGUACGAAAAAGCUUGGACGUAUUCAGUGCCAUGAUCUGAAAUAUAUGCUUUGCAAGUUAAAAAAUUAUGUUUUUUAAUGUGCUGAUGAUAAUUAUUGUUACCGUUAUGUAUGUAUGUUGCAAUCAAAAUUCAAUGAAUAUUAAAUCACAAACAGGAUCACAAAAACACAAGAAUCGAAAAUUAUCACAACUCACCUCACAACAUA